AUGGCACGUGUGCCAUCUGACUUUUUGUCAUUCGAUCAGGAACCUAAAAUUCACGCUGACCUCAUCAUCCGAGCUGCUGCUGCUGCUGCCCAUACCCUUGCACCCGUUGCAGCUCGAUGCGACGGCGCUCCCCUUCUCAUGGAAUCCCCAAAAUAUAUGGUCCCUAAUAGACCGCCCAGAAUUGUAGAUCUUAGCAAAUGCCCGCCUCCUGCGUAUCGCAGCGCUAGUGGUACGGUAACCGAGACAGACACAUGGAGUGAUUAUUCAGGCUCAUCAGGACUCAGCAAACGACGCGGCAGUUGGGUGAACCUCGUCGAAUCCGAUGAGAACCUAAACAGGCAUAAGGUGAACUGUUAUCCGAAAGUGAAGAAGAUGGUGGAUGCAGCACAGCAGGCGCCCUGCUCGAGGGCCCCUUCUCAGCUGGCAUACGUUUCGGAGAAUUACCAAUUUCACCUGAUGAACAGCAAUCAUGCUCUACCACUGAAAGCUGCACCGGGUCCAGCUGGUACACUACCACCUUCGUCAGUGGUACAAUCCAGAGCGCCUUCGGUGAUCAUGUCGUCGCCAGCGGAUGUAGCGCGACCGACUGCCGGUCCACUACCAUCGAAGAAACGUAAUCGACUGCAAGAGUGGAAGGAACGUGGGAAGCGAUCGUGUUGUGCACUUUGUAUACUCUUUUUUACUCUUCUUCUAAUUUCUGGUGUAAUUACUGCCAUCGUACUUUCGCAGGUUCUCAAAGCACCAAAGAGCGCUCAAAUCUCAUGGUUAGCACCGGAGAUGUAUCGUGGUGGUCAGAACAAUCCAGUGCGUAUAAGUAUGAAAGCUGACGAUGAACAGGUUCGACUAGAAAUGCAAGGUGCUAUGCCAUUCAAAGGGAAUUUCAUCAGCUACUAUGAUUUCAAGACGAACCGCGUCGCAGUGAUCGACGAAACAUUGAAGGGCAAUGGGAAAAGUCUCGCCUGCUUCGUGAUGCCGCUCGAUCGAUCGAUGUUGCGCGACGCGGAUGCGAUGCGACGUGCCAUUGGAGUCGCGUCGCAUCGCACCUCGCAGACCCAGGGUUGGGGUGAGAGCUGGCAGUAUCUGCCUUCUCCUGUAUUUAUGAAUGGCCAACAGAUGUUCAAUCCACCAAUCCCAGAAUGUGAAGGAGCUAGAUGGAUCCAAUUGGAGUACGCAGGCACUAAUCAGAAGAAUCGGAAAUGUUCGGACUGUUACGACUUUUGCUUGCCCGAGUACGGUAUUGAAAGAGAUGCUUUGCGCGGGGAGGAGCAGCUUAACAUUGUGAAACGUAUCUGCUUCUACUUAUUCGUCCCAGAAUGGCGCACCUAUGCUCAAGCCAAUACUAUUGAACAGAACCAACGCGACUUUGAAACGUACUACCGUAAUCGCAAUCAUCUUACAACGGCUUUUGGUAGCAGCGGUGCCGAUUCGAAGUGGAUUCAACUUCAGCAGUUACCACAAGGGAUUCAAAACGUCAGCGGCAACGUUGCCGGUCAUCUGAAUGCUGCCGCUAAUAGCGUUAUGAACACCGUUGGUGACGCUGCUCAAGGUCUUCAUGCUGGUGUUUUUGGUCAAAAUUCUCAUUCACAACCAAAUUAUCAGAAUGGGAAUGGAAAUGGCAACGGUUACAGCGGAUCUAUGAUGCAGACCAAUCAGAAUCCGAAUCCUCGAAGCCCAGGUGGAUUUGCUCCGACCGCUGUGAAUGGAGUGAUGAAUUUAAACGGAGUGAAUGGACAUAGCGGAAGCAACGCAUAUAACACGAAUCCGAACAACCAAGGAACCUACGGCGACCCUUCACAGAGUCCUUAUCCAAACAUGAAUCAGUACCCUCAAAAUGGAGAGAGGCAAGACAGGAACCCUGCACCUCAAGAGCUUCCAAACAUGUCAGGAUAUGCGCCACAUCCUGUUCGUCAAGUAUACGGUAGCCAACAGUACCCUAACACUCAGCAAGCGCCAGAUCAACGCGAUCUGAACAGUGUUCCCUACACAAACGGCAAUGGUUUUGGUAUGACUAAUGGAUACGCUAACAACAGACCACCGUAUCCAGACUCGAACGGAAUGAAUCCACCUGCUGGGUACGUCCCGCAAGCAGAAAUAAAUAUGCAGGGUGUUGCCGGUAUGCCACGUCCACAAGAUAUUGGCAUAUCUCGAACUGGAUAUACUCCUGAUGUAAUGCCUAAUCUACAGUAUCAACAACAACAACAACAACAACAACAAUUGCCGCUGCAACAACAAAUGUCUCAACAACAACAACAAAUGCCGCAACAACAACAACAACAAAUGCCGCAACAACAACAACAACAAAUCCCGCAACAAAAUUGGUUUUCUGGAUAG